AUGACUUCUACACCCUAUAUCGAAAUAGACUGGUCUUCCACUUCACAACAUUCUUAUCCUCAACUCGGUGAACCAACGUCACCUGAAAAUGACUCAGAGAAUAUUUUACAUAAUACUGAGCCGCUGACAGUACUUUCUUCUAAGGAUAUUUUUUUCCUUGAUAUUGAUGAUAUCUAUCCUUUUACAUACUCAACUCUUCACUUUGAAGAUGAUGAAAUGGAAGAAACCUAUGACAAUGAAGAUUACUUUCAACAACUACUAAAUACUGCACUAAAUGCUGAAAUAGAAGAAGUCAGAUUAGAAGGAAAUAAUAUACCUUCAAUUUCCAACACUCCUUUAACCCCAAUACAGGACAAUAUUCCUUUAUCGUCUCCGGAUACUGUGCCUAUCUCAGAAAAUUUACCCAAAGACGGGAAAAAAACUACCUUGCUGAAACGUCAUUUUCAUUUUGGCAUUUAUAUUCCUUGCCCUCACAUUAACAACCCUGAACAUUUUCAUAAAGACACACAAUGUGGUAUCCCUACUCCCUUUGUCAUGUCACGACAUAGAAGCGCAUGCAUAAUUCAUCAACGUACUUUUUCAAAAACACACAUCUUCAAGAAUAUCAAAAAGAAACACGAACCAAAAUCAGAACAUAUACCAACAGAUUUCAUUAAUGACAAAUCCUCUCACACCAAUUUAUUAUAUUACAGAUGGCUUAAUGGUAAAUCAAAACGUAUUACCUCUAGACGACUGGGUAUUUCAUAUGAUAGCAAUAUUCAUGCUAGAGAUCCUUCUACAACAUUCAAACAGGGCAACAGACACAUGUAUCAAAAAUUACCUGUUCGACAUUUAUUGUACAAACAUUCUGACUCAAUUCCAAAUGCUGACGAUUACCCGUUCUUGGUUCCUUAUUUCACGAUGGAUUCAAAUCAUAAGAAACAAAUCAUGACAAAACUCACUCAAGCGUCAUCAUCUACCGGUCCUUCUGCACCACCUAAUAAUUAUAAUCCAAUUCCAGAUGUAUUCAUACCUAAAAAAUAUCGUGAUAUUAUACCAAAGGAUCUGAUUUACAUGAAUGAUCGUUAUGUGACUCCUGGAUCGAGAGAAUGGUUUACUUAUAUGUACAACGUUGAUGAAUCUUAUUAUCCACCAGAGAGUAGGACCCCACGUUACAAUGCUAAAGGGAAAUAUGUAGCAAGAACUCCAAUAUACCGUUCAGAAGUAGUAGAAAAUUACGUACCAUCACAUAUUGUAGAAAAAUCUCAACUACGUAGGACUGAAAAAUUGAAGGCGGACGCUUUAACAAAAGAGGCAGCAUACCAUGGAACUACUUCCAAGUAUUACAAUUCUCACGCUAAUAUCGUUAGAUCUGUAACGAAUGCAUCAAAUAGUUUUCACGAAUGCAUGCCUAAAUAUUUAGCCAAGAGACAACAAAACCAUGAAUUCGGUUUCAGUAACGCCACGUUGGAUAAAAAUCUUAAUAAAUUUCUCAAGAAUAACAAUAUCUGA